AUGUUUUUGCAACGAAGCUCGAUUCUGUUUUGCAAACGAUCAUUGUACAAUGGAUCCAUCGCAUGCAUCUACAAGAGAUGGAACUCAAAAAGCUCCACUGAAAAACUGAAAGGUGCCAAUCCUAGCAAGUCGAUCGAUUUAGCAGCGUUUCCCGCAGAAAACAUUCGGAAUUUCAGUAUCAUUGCUCACAUUGACCAUGGAAAGAGUACACUGGCAGACAGACUAUUGGAAUUGACAAACACAAUAUCAGCAACAGGAUCAAACAAGCAAGUGUUGGAUAAACUCAAAGUAGAGCGAGAGAGAGGCAUCACAGUAAAAGCUCAGACAGUCUCCAUGUUUUACAACCACAAGGGCACAGAAUACCUACUGAAUUUGAUUGACACACCUGGACAUGUCGAUUUUAGCUACGAGGUAUCCAGAUCACUGGCUGCAUGUCAAGGCACCCUGUUGUUAGUGGACGCAGCACAGGGCAUCCAAGCACAGACUGUGGCCAACUUUUAUUUGGCAUUUGGUGAAGGCUUGGAGAUUAUACCCGUUUUGAACAAGAUUGAUUUGCCUGGCGCAGAACCUGAGCGAGUGCUGAAGCAAAUCGAAAGCGCAUUUGAGCUGAAUACAGACGAUAUUUUACAGAUAUCUGCCAAAUCAGGCAUCAAUAUUGAUAAGGUGUUACCGAGCAUCAUUGAGAAGGUGCCCCCGCCCGUUGCUUCGAUCGACAAGCCAUUCAGAGCACUGUUGUUCGAUUCAUGGUACGACAAAUACGUGGGCGUAGUGUGUAUGCUUGGUAUGAAGGAUGGCGUGCUGCGCAAAGGCGAUAAGGUUGUGUCUGCUUACUCUGAUACCAAGUAUGAAAUCACGGAAGUGGGUAUUAUGCACCCAGAGCAGAUGCCUACUGGAUAUUUACAUGCUGGCCAAGUAGGGUAUAUCGUCUGUGGUAUGAAGAGUGCUUCGGAAGCCCAUAUUGGCGAUACGUUUCAUCAUUUGGGUCAGAAGGUGGAGGUUUUACCAGGCUUCCAGCCUGCGCAAUCCAUGGUGUUUGCCGGUAUCUUCCCAGUGGAUACCAACGAUUUUAGAAAAUUAGACGACAACAUCAAAAAGUUGACACUGAACGAUGCAAGCGUCACAGUGCAUAAAGAGACUAGCCAUGCCCUUGGUCAAGGCUGGCGUUUGGGCUUCUUGGGGACAUUGCACAUGGAUGUGUUUAGACAGCGUUUGGAGAAUGAAUACGAUGCCAAUAUCAUUGUGACGCAGCCUACUGUGCCUUACAAAGUUGUAUAUAGAGAUGGCACCUCGAAAUUAGUGAGAAAUCCAGCCGACUUUCCCGAUCUAGAGGAGCGUUCAUUUAAGGUGUCCAAGUUACAAGAGCCAAUGGUACUGGCGACGCUUAUCUUUCCUGAUGAAUACAUGGGUAAAUUGAUCGAAUUGUGUGGCUCUCGCAGAGGAGAGCAAUUGGAGUAUGUUUAUGUUGAUGAAACACGUGUGAUGAUGAAGUACAGAAUUCCGCUUGCAGAAGUGGUGACAGAUUUCUAUGAUGAGCUGAAGAGUAGGUCGUCUGGAUAUGCCUCCUUUGAUUAUGAAGAAGGCGGGUAUGAAGACAGUGAUUUAGUCAAGAUGAGUGUGCUAUUGAACUCCAAGCCUGUGGACGCAUUAUCCGUCAUUCUCCAUCGCAGCCAAGUUGACAUUGUUGGCAGAGAUUGGGUCAAGAGAUUGAAGGGUGUUAUUCAACGACAACUGUUUGAUGUGUCCAUCCAAACUGCAUUGGGAACAAAGAUUAUUGCUAGAGAAACUGUAUCUGCCAUGCGCAAGAAUGUCACUGCCAAAUGUUACGGUGGAGAUGUAUCAAGAAAGAUGAAGCUCUUACAAAAACAAAAAGAAGGCAAGAAGAGAAUGAAGAUGAUUGGUAAUGUUGAAUUGCCUCAAAAAGCCUUUUAUGAUUUUAUGGAUAAAAGUAAAGGCUCUUGA